AUGACGCUCACUAAAAGAGGCGGCAAGCGGCGCCGCAUGAAGAUCGGCAUCCGGCCGCAACUCAUCAUCUUGGUUGGUUUUUCGUCGCUUUUUUCCUUGUUGAUAUUGGCCAUUGUGGUUGGCGUCUACUUCACCAAAAACCUAUCCAGUUUGCGGGCAGACCGUUUGGAGGUCAUUUCGCAGCUCAAAUCAACGCAGUUGUCACAAUCCAUCCAGUACAUCUACUACCAGAUAUAUUAUCUUUCCCAGCGAGACGCCAUCACAUCUCCAUUGGCAGUGUACAAGGCGGGAAAUAUCUCGCUGCUGGUAUUUGCUGACGCACAACUGUCGCUAGACCAGCUCCUUACGUCCUCAGACACAUUUGCCUCGGCCAAACUCUACAACCUAGAUCUCACCGUCGUGGCGCUGUCUGAAAAUUCUGCAGUGCGUGUAGCUUCGUCCACAGAAGACGCAUUGUACCCAUUAGCCAAAGACUCUGAAGUUCCGCGUGCUCUCACACUGUCGAGUCUGUCUUAUGUGUUGCCUGAAGGAAUGAUGUCGGGCCCACUCCCAAAUUCCACCAACAGCAAUUCGUCGUAUUUUUUCGGCCUCACUGUGCCCAUUUAUUCCAACACGUCGAUUAUUCUUGAUCAGCCAUCUGUCUCUGGCUACUUGUCUGUGAUUUCUGGUGCACAAACUAUCCGCAGCGCCCUAACAAGCAAAAGCGGUGAUUAUAGCGUGGCAACAGUGAAGGGAAUUUACGCCAACUCUACCGUCAUAGGCAACUCAGAUGCGCUCAUAGGUUACGAGUCCUUGUUUCCAGUAGAAGGCUCGUUGCUACAACCAAACGUGUUUUUCCCCAUUUCUUCUUCUGAUGCAGUAGAAGAGGCUCUUACACAUGAGUCGGGAUUCUAUCAGCAUCUUCGUCUUAUGACGGGCCAUCAAUCAGCUGUCGGAUUCAAAAAAGUUCGCGUUGACGAGUCAAAUGUCUGGACUAUCAUGAUCGAACAAAGACAGAGCCGUUUUUUGGCCCCCGUCCAUCGUCUUACUAGAAUCAUGAUCGGUGUCGUGAUUGGCAUCGGCGCAUUCAUGUGUUUUAUUACUUUUCCCCUUGCGGUGUGGUUUGUCAACCCAAUCACAAAGUUGAAGGAAGCGACCGAAGCAAUUACCAAAUCGAAGAAGGAAAAGGACAACCAAGCAGCAUACGGCGCACUUGCCCGUUCUCAUUCCACACGCAGUAAUUUGUCUGAAUCUCAGGUAGCGCUUGGGAAAACAAACACAGGCCACACAAUCAGCUCUGGUAGCUCUACUGUGUAUUCGUCUGGUAUCAGACUUCCUGCGCGUAUUCCACAGUCGAAGAAGUUAUUCAAAGACGAGUUGACGGAGCUUUCCGAGGCUUUCAACAUCAUGACCCAAGAGUUGGAAACACAGUACUCCCAUUUGGAAGAGAGAGUGAAACUGCGGACCAAAGAGUUAGAAGCUUCGAAAAUAGAAGCAGAGGCAGCAAACGAGGCAAAAACCGUGUUCAUUGCUAAUAUUUCCCACGAGUUGCGUACGCCAUUGAAUGGUAUCUUGGGAAUGACUUCUAUCGCUUUGGAAGAGACUGACCAUCUGCAAGUUCAGGACUCUUUGAAGUUGAUUCAUCGUUCUGGUGAAUUACUUUUGCAUAUUUUGACAGAGUUAUUGACCUAUUCGAAAAACACAUUGAAUAGAUCAAAGUUGGAAAAAUCCAAUUUCCAAAUCCUUGAGAUAGUACACCAAGUGCGGUCUAUUUUCGGAAAGUUGGCUGUAGACCAAAGAGUCAACUUCAAGGUUUUGGUUAAGCCCAAUAGCUUGCGCAAGCUCAUUCUUUUUGGCGACUCAAAUCGAAUCAUCCAGGUGGUGAUGAACUUGGUCUCCAACAGUUUGAAAUUCACUCCUGUGGAUGGCAAUGUUGAUGUCACCUUCAGGCUCAUUGGAGAGUAUGAUGAGAAAAAGUCACUGGAGCAUGGCUACCAGCGCGUUUGCAUAAAAAACCCUCCUCAUGGAGACUCCCAUUCUAACGAAACUGCUCGCGGCCUGAUAGUAACGUCGCCUAGACCUCCACCUAGGCCGCCACUUCGAACCCCCUCGAAAGGCAACUAUCCUGGUACUAAUGAAAACCCUAAGGACGAUUUGGUGUCGAUAAUCUCUGGCAUGUCAGAACAAGAAGAGAAAAUUAAUGAGAAGUCAGAUACACAGAGUUUAGUGACUUUGGCAACGGCUGAGUAUGAAAAGGCGCUUUUCAACUCCCAGUUCUCUUACAACAAGCCACUUCCGACACCUCCACUGGAGAAUUAUCCAGAGAAUGUUCACCCAUCCCCUGCGACUAGUGUGAAAUCAGGGACAGAUAAUAAAGUUAUUUCAACCAGACCAAGAGCACAUACCCAUCGCUCCCACUUAUCAGAAAGCUCAAAUAUUUUCGCUGAGCAGGCUCAUUUCGCUAAGAAACUGGACUUGUUCACGUCACCACACCUGCUCUCCAACAGCGAAAUGGUCAAAAACAAUAAGGUCUAUAAGAUGCGGAAGUUGUAUCAGCCUAAAGUGUGGGCCAUCCAAAUCGAAGUGAAAGAUACUGGUUCGGGAAUAGAACCUGCUUUACAAGAAAAGGUGUUUGAACCAUUCAUACAAGGUGACCAAACCUUGUCUCGAAGUUACGGUGGAACUGGAUUGGGGUUAUCUAUUUGCAGACAACUAGCUAAAAUGAUGCAUGGUACCUUGACACUCAAAUCGAGUUUAGGGAAGGGUUCCACCUUCAAAUUCACCGUACCACUUCCUCAAAAUGGUGAAAUUCUUGUCCCAGAAGAGUGCAUGGAGGAAUUCUGCAACGACGAAUUCAAUCCAGACUCGAAAGUCAACAGAAAAGUCGUUUUCGAUAUCGACAAUCAUUCUGAGCCAGAGGAUGAAAAGGAGACUCCUGAUACGCCCAAUGGAAGCGCAGAACAAACCAAGUCCGAAAACUCUACACCUACCACUCAAGAUCAAAAGUCGCCCAAAAAGUUCAACGGUCAUCUCGACUUGCCCAAAAACUCACUCCGUAUUCACCAUCUUCAAGACUCUUCAACUGGCACAGUUGACCAGUCACAUGCGGGCGAUACUCUCCUUGGCAGUUUAUCACACUUGAAGAUUUUGGUCGCAGAGGACAAUUCUGUCAACCAGGAAGUGAUCAAACGGAUGUUGAGGCUCGAAGGGUUUACCAAUGUGACAAUGGCUGGCAAUGGGGCAGAGGCAGUUGACUAUGUGCAAAAUGCGUAUGAAACGGACUCACAAUUUGACAUGAUUUUCAUGGAUGUUCAGAUGCCCAAGAUGGAUGGAUUAACAGCAACAAAACUUAUCCGUAAUAACCUAAAAUAUGGUAAACCCAUUAUUGCUUUGACAGCUUUUGCGGAUGAGAGCAAUGUCAAGGAGUGUUUGAACAGUGGUAUGUCGGGAUUCCUUUCAAAGCCCAUUAAGAGAACUAAUUUGCGGCAGAUCAUUACCGAGUUUUCGACAGAAAUCUUCUGCAAUAUUGUGACUACCCCAGUGGGCACAGAUGAGCACGAGAGACGUUCAGAUUUCCCGGUGAUGCUGCCUCAUAAAAUCAAGCCAUGA